AAAACAACAGACAAAUAAAGAGCGAAACACGCAAAGGCUGCUUAAAACGACAGCUUCCAAUCCUGGUCGUUGUGGACUUCAUUCAUCCCAAAUCCCAAUCCCAAAAGAGAAUGAGACGGUGGCGGCGCCGUAGACAAUGAGAACAGCACAUUGCGAUCUCACCCAGAAGCUCCUUCCCUUCAACACCGCCCUCACCAAAUUUCCUCUUCAACGCACGCAACCCUUCUUUCUCCAGCCCCAUCGCAUGGCGGAACCCUCGCGAGCCGCAAAUACGCCCGCGCCGCACCCAAUCCAACCCAAACCCCACACCCUCGCUGAUGACAACAAUCCCAAUCAGCCGAAGGAGAUUCCGCCGCCACCGGAGAAGCCGGAGCCCGGUGAUUGUUGCGGCAGCGGCUGCGUCCGAUGCGUUUGGGAUAUAUAUUAUGAGGAACUCGAACAAUAUAAUAAUCUCUACAAACAGAACGAUCCAAGCCCCAAACCUUCUUCAUAGUCUUCAGCAGCGCCUGGGUUAGUGUUAUUCAUUCGUUGUAUCCUCAAUUUUGUGGAAGCUCGAAUAUUUUACUGUCCCUCUUUCUAUGAAAAAGGAACCAAAUAUUUUAUCGUGUAUGUCGAAUUGUAUUAUAAGAAACUCUUUUUUUUUUCUUUUUUUAAAUACCAGGAUUAAAUUGCACUUCUCAAACAUUCCUCAACAUGUUUUACUUUGAGGAUAACGUGUUAAAUGACCGGACUUGCAUGAAACGAUCAAUUACCAAUGGAUUAUACAUGCAAAUAUUUGUGACAACAUAAAGUGGGUGUCUGGUUGAAUCAAUAUGUAUGUCUUGAUGAUGGUGUAUAGGUUAUUCUGUGUAUAUUUUGAUGAAAAUUUUACCACAUUGGUCGUUGGUCUUUGGCAAUCUCAAUGCCUGGUUAGUAUUUCUGCUUUGAUGCUUACUUUUUCACUCUCAGCUGUUAUCCUUUAUUGUAUUUGAAAAGUUUGGUGAGCAAACCUCACUACUUUUUUGUUGUUA